UUUUAUUAGCAAAAAAAGAGGUUACUCAGAAGCAAGUUCCAAAUGGGUGCACUCCUUUUUGGAGCAGACCCUCUUUUAUAUAAAUUUGAAAGAUACUCAUUUUCACGGAAACAUUGACCAGUCAUUAAGAGCAACAUUUUGUGUGUGUAACUCUCUGCCUGUAAAAUCUUUUCAGCCCUAUAUAGCAAAAUAUUUCAACUUGCAAGUUGAUGUGACUAACAGUUUAUUAACACAUAAAUGUAAUUGGACUAAGGUUAAGUAAAUUGGGUCAUGGAUCACCUUUCCACUUUUGCCAAACUUCCUCAUCCCUUGCAAACCUCAGCAAUGAAGAGAAAAGCAGAGCUUCUCCCAUAGAACUUUUGGUGUCACCUGGUGAAGCUGCUUUUAUGGAUUUAAGGAUGGGGGGGGAGAAGAGUUUCCUUUUCUCAACAGGCUCUAGGUCUAGGGCAAAAUGCUGCUGCUCAUCAUGGAGAGCUGCUGACCUAGUAGGUUCUGGUAGCCCCUCUGCUUUAACUGCAGCACGGAGAGGUUCGCUGUUGUGGGCUAGCCGGUUGCGGUGGGGCUGGAGGGAGGGAGCCUGUCCAUUAGGCACUGCAAGCUCCUUCCAGGAGGGAAGAAGUGGCCCACCCGCCUCCAUCUUCCAUAGGGCCAGUCCCUGAUUGGCGUCUCCCUCGCUGACGCCCCCCGCCCAAGCAUUCACCCACCGCGCAGCCGUAGAGGAACGGCCACGUCUGAAUGUCGCUCAUUGUAUGCGGAGCAGGCGCCGCAGCCUCACCUUCGUGCCUCCUCCGAUUAACCGCGACCUCUUUAGUCGCCCGCCGGCAUAUACUGAGCUUUUCUCAUCACUGUGGAUCCAUGAUGCAGUAAUCUGGGAUUCUCCAUACAGUUCAUUUAUCCACCCCCAAUGUGUAAUUUGUAAAACUGCUAAAGCAUAAUUCUAUCAAACUGAUGCUUUAAAAAGUGGUGAUCACCUUCUCUCCAGCAUUCCAGUUGUACUCAGCUUCACCCAGGAUGCUGAGGCUUCGCCUUUCCAGUGCCACAACUGCAAUUAUCUUGGCAAUCCAGACAGGAUUUCUAUUCUUUCUAUAUAUUCAACAAAGUGGCUUCAUUCCACGGUCUAUGGAAAAACCUGCCCAGGUGCACAUCCUCAUCCUUUCCUCUUGGAGGUCAGGCUCUUCCUUUGUGGGGCAACUCUUUAGUCAGCACCCCAAUGUCUUCUAUCUGAUGGAGCCAGCCUGGCAUGUGUGGGCAACCAUGUACCAAAACAGCGCCAAGGUCUUGCACAUGGCUGUGCGGGAUCUCAUCCGGUCUGUCUUCAAGUGUGACAUGUCGGUGUUCGAUGCCUAUUUGCCCUGGAAGAGAAACAGAAACUUGUCUGAUCUGUUCCAGUGGGCUGUGAGCCGGGCAUUAUGCACAAUACCUGCUUGUGAAUUCUUCCAACGGUCUGAUAUUACUGGUGAAAGUGCUUGCAAAACUGUCUGUGGCAAGUAUCCUUUUAGUAAAGUGGAAGAGGCCUGCAAGACCUAUAGCCAUGUUGUCCUAAAGGAAGUCCGUUUCUUUGACCUCAAAGUGCUCUACCCACUCCUUGCUGACCCCUCCCUGAAUCUCAAAAUCAUUCACCUGGUCCGUGACCCCAGGGCUGUCCUGAAAUCUCGGGAACAAUCUGUCAAAGCCCUUGCCCGUGACAAUGGAAUAAUUCUGGGUAUAAAUAGCAGCAGAGUGGAUGACACUGGCUUUAAAGUCCUGCAGGAGAUUUGUAGAAGCCACAUUCAGAUCUAUGAAACAGCUAGUCAGAAGCCUCCAUUAUUUUUAAAAGAUCGUUACUUAUUAAUCCGAUUUGAAGACAUUGUGCGGGAUCCUUUAAUGGAAAUUACUGCAUUGUAUACAUUUACAGAUCUUAUUUUGACCCAGAAACUUAAAAAUUGGAUCUAUAAUAUUACACAUGGACAAGGACCGAGUAAAAAGAGAGAAGCUUUCCAAAUCACUUCUCGAGAUGCACUCAAUGUUUCCCAGGCAUGGAGAAAUGUUCUUUCAUUUCAGAAAGUCCAAAAAGUGCAAGAAGUUUGUAGAGGUGCUUUAAAUAUACUUGGUUAUCAAUUUGUAAAUUCUGAGAAAGAGCAGAAAGAUUUGUCUUUAGAUCUAAUACUGCCAUAUCGGAGAACCCAAUUUCGCUGGGCAUUGUUUCAUGAAAACUAGAUCAAAUAUUCCCUUGUACAUUUGUCAUAUAACUUGAAAAGAUUUGUUGGUUUCAGUACAUCUGGUAAUUUCUCUUAGAAAUUUUAUCAAACCAAGGAACUGUAUACGUAUCUUUUGCUUUUUCAAAUUAAUAAUAAUGGAUAACUUCCAGACUAGCUUUAUAAAGCAACAUUGCAAGGAAUUAUUUUUCACCUGCACAUGGGUAUAAUUUUGAUAUGCUAGAGAAUGCCUUCUUGCUUUUUGUUUUUCUAAGUUCUCUUAGAACUUAGGACUACAGUAUUACUGAAAAGAAAUAUGGUUGGUUGGGUUGGGAAUUUGUCACUCUGAAAUGUUAAUGCACUCAAACUUCCACGUGCCCCAGGGAACAACAGGAAUAGAAAUCCAGUGACUGGAAGGAUUUAUUUCAUUAUAUAUUUUUACAACCUAUAUCUCCUUUAUCUGUGUACCCCAACAUGUCACAGCUCUAAAUUUGUCUCUGUGUUUAUUAUACUCCUAUUUUUUUAAUAUGGGCACCCCUGAUUAUCUGUAAUAGUGAGAAUUAGUUCCUAAUGAAAAUUACAUAAAAAAUGUAUUAUUAUUUUUUUGCAAUAUAGUUGGAAAUCAAUACCCUUGGGAAUAUUUUUAUCAUAUUGAAAGCAGUAUCCAACACUGGGCAGAUGAAUAUUGCAAAUGUGUGCAAUUUAUGUUAUAUGCUAGCAUAACAAAUGGGGUAGACACCACAGAUCAUAUGCCAAAAAUAUGUGUGUUUAGAUUCUCAUAUAUCUAUGUAGAUACCCAGUAAUUUCUCUGUACUACCUCUGUGCUAGGUUUUCUGGUAAGGAGCUGGGAAUAAAAAUAAUUUAGA